AUGACGACCACGACCAUGGCAGUGACGCCGCUGCUGCAGGGGGCGACCACGCUGCUGGGGCUGAUGUUGCUGGCGGCGGCGGGUUUCCCGGCGGGCGUCCAGGCGGGGUCAUGGCCAGCCCCUCAGACCCCGCCCCCUGAGCUCCGCCCCCCGCCAGCCCCGCCGUCAAGAGGAAUACACGCUGCCCUUCCCCCGGCAGCCACUCCGCCAGCAGCCCCGCUUGAGCCGCCAUCGUUCGACACCCGCGCCUCCGGGAACGUGACGGCGCUGUUGGGCGGGACGGCGACGUUGAGGUGCCGCGUCACGAACCUCGGGAACAAGACGGUGUCGUGGAUCCGCCACCGGGACCUGCACCUGCUGUCCGUGGGCCGCUCCACCUACACGUCUGACCAGCGGUUCGUAGCCCGUCAUACCGCCGCUCAGGAGUGGCUGCUGAUCAUCCACCACUUGCAGGAGCGGGACGCCGGCCUCUACGAGUGCCAGAUAUCCAGCACGCCGCCGCGCAGCCACCUCAUCUACCUGGCCGUCGUGGAGCCCGAGACCGCCAUCGAUGGGGGCCCGGACGUGUACCUCAACACCGGGAGUCAGCUGGCGCUCACCUGCACCGUCAGGUUCAGUCCCGAGCCGCCCGCCUUCAUCCUCUGGUACCACGGCGACAAGCUGGUGAGCUACGAGAGAACAAGAGGCGGGGGCAGAGGAGGAGGAGGCACCAGCAGCACCAGCAGUAGUAGCAGUAGUAGUAGUGGUAGCAGAAGCAAUAGAAGCAGAACCAAUAGUAACAACAGCAACAGUAGUAGUAGUAGUAGUAAAAGUAGCAAUACCACCUCGAGCACAAAUAGUAGUAGUAGUAGUAGUAGUAGCGGCGUCACCUUCUCCCGCCUGCUGGUCCAGUCGGCGCGGCUCUCCCACUCCGGCGUGUACACCUGCGACCCGGCGAACGCCCGGCCCAGGAGCGUGAACGUGCACGUGCUGGCUGGUGACCAGCCAGAAGCCAUCGUCCACGACAACGGUGGAAGGAGUCUUCCUCCUCCUCCUCACCUCCUCCUCUUCCUUCUCUUCCUCCUUCCCUCCCUCUCGUCUAAGCUCCUCCUCCUCCUCUUCCAAGCCCACUGAUGUUCACUUUCAAUUUUCCUCCUCCUCGUAAACGUUCUUUCUCCUUACACUUUUGCACUCAUUUUCUGGGUGGGGAGGAGCCUUCAUCUAUUCUGUCCUGUCCUACCACACGUAGCUUACUAGUAGUAGCGGUAGUAAACAGACACCCUCGUCAUAUGUAGACCGAUAGGUCUUCUGGUGUCUGUUCUUCCUAUGUAUUCUUAUGUAUUCCUCUUCGUUCUCCUCCUCUUCCUUCCUCCUGUCCUCCCUCCUCCCUCCCCUCCUUCUUCACCCUCUCGCUCCUUCAUUCCAUUACACUUCAUCCUCUUCCCUUUAUUUGCUUUCCCUCCCUCAUUCCUUAGUCCCUCACACCCCACAUGACACUUCACCCUUCGCUCCUCUCUCACUCCGUCACCCCUUCACCCCCACCUCCUCACUCCAACACCCCUUUACCCCUCCCUCCUCACUCCUUCACACCUCGAUAUUGAUAAGUAAAAGAGAAAUGUGCUAAACAAUGACAAUAAAAAGAAGUAUGAAAAGUAUGAAAAUGGAAAGAAAAUACGAUCAAAGGGAAACAGGACAACGAGAGAGGUGAUAAAAAUGAAAAGAAAAACUGGUGAUUAGAAUGUUAAAGAUACAAGUGAUUGAAGGGUGAAGGAAGAGAAGAAAUGUUGACGUGUUGGAAAAAGAGAAAAACGUUGAAGAGAAAUAUUGAAAAAAAAGUUGAAAAA